CGCCCCGAGGCCGCUGACCUCUGCCGCCGCCGCCGCCGCCGCCCGCAUGGCUCAGGCCAAGAUCAACGCCAAGGCCCACGAGGGCCGCUUCUGCCGCUCCUCGUCCAUGGCGGACCGCUCGGGCCGCCUGCUGGAGAGCCUGGACCAGCUGGAGCUCAGGGUCGAGGCUUUGAGGGAGGCAGCAACUGCGGUAGAGCAGGAGAAGGAAGUUCUUCUGGAGAUGAUCCACAGCAUCCAAAACAGCCAGGACAUGAGGCAGAUCAGUGAUGGGGAAAGAGAAGAAUUAAAUCUGACAGCAAACCGUUUGAUGGGCCGGACCCUCACUGUUGAAGUUUCAGUGGAAACAAUUAGAAGCCCCCAGCAGCAAGAAUCCCUAAAGCAUGCCACGAGGAUCAUAGAUGAGGUGGUCAGUAAGUUUCUGGAUGACUUGGGAAGCGCCAGGAGUCAUCUCAUGUCUCUCUACAGUGCAUGUUCGUCUGAGGUGCCCUCUGGGCCUGUUGACCAGAAGUUUCAGUCGAUAGUAAUUGGCUGUGCUCUUGAAGAUCAGAAGAAAAUUAAGAGAAGAUUAGAGACUCUGCUUAGAAAUAUCGAAAACUCUGAUAAGUCCAUCAAGCUACUAGAGCAUUCUAAAGGAGCUGGCUCUAAAACUCUGCAGCAGAAUGAAGGCAAACUUAAUUAGUUCUUGAACCUAGAGGCAUUUUCAUAUUGUCAAAAUGCUAAAAUACUAUUGCAAGUGGUAACUUGUUCUUUAUGUCAGACACAACCUCUUACUUGAUGCUGAUAGUUGUUUCAGAUGAGGAAGAUAUUCUAACAUCAAGUGUUUUGCGAGUAUUAAACCUAGCAGGAUUUUAAUGAUACAGUUGUUAGAUUGAAUUGCCUUGUGCCAGAAUCCAGCAUUACAUGUCUUGCUGUUCACGUAGCCUGUGGGGAAGUAGUACUCGGUCAGGGCAAGAGCAGCACUGCUCCGUGCAAGUAGUGCUUGUAUCGUUCUUUCCUGGACUAUGGCAUGUAGUUGACUAGAAACUCCUUAUCUUGAGCAACAUACACACACAGCAAAGAGCUCAUGGGGACUCACAUCCAAACCUUUUCAUGCAUGCUGUCAUUCAGUUUUUAUGCAUCUGUGUUAAAUACUAUUUUGAAUGUAAAGAUUGGAAAAUUAAUGAUUGUAUUUUUAUAUAAAUGGAAGCAAAAUGUGGGAAAAGUACCUUCACUUUCACCAUCAUGAAUAAUUAUGUGCACUUAAUCUCAAAUGCAUCAUUUCUAAAAAUGUCA